GGUUUACAAGAACUGGCAGAGUUAAUUAAAACCUCUGAACCUGAAGCUGUUAAAUCUAUGUUGCUCGUUUGGCCUAGAUUUUAUAAUACAUUAGUUACUGACAUUGAUAAUGGUGUGCGAGAGGCAACACAUAAUGUUCAUCAUCAAAUUGUGCUCAAAGCUAAGAGGAAUAUUGCCCCUUAUCUGAAACAACUAAUGGCUCCUUGGUUCACAUCGCAGUAUGAUACCUACCCACCUGCUGCUAGUAUUGCUUCUCAAGCAUUCAAGGAUUGUUUUCCACCUAAUAAAAUUCAAGAUGCGAUAGCAUUCUGCCAAGAAGAAAUUCUAACCUAUUUGAGUGAUAAUUUAUUAGUUCAAACUGCUCAAAGUUUGAGCAGUUCAAAGCAGGUAUCUCCUGAAGAAGCAGAAGCUAAAUAUGAGCGGGUUUUGAUUUCGUGCCUUCAAGGAUACUGUCUAUACUUAGAGAAAGUGUCAGUGCAACACAUAGAGAGUGCUACAGCAUUGAAUAAUGGUAUUAUCUCAAAUGGGAAAUUUUGGAAGUUGGCCAAGCACAAAGUAGCACAUAUAAGAGCAGCUUGGUUCAAAACUUUAUCAGUUUUAUGUCAGAAAGCUCCGUUCUUGUUGGAAGGGAGAGGAUCACAAGUUGUAGGUAGCGUUUUUGGCAACUUAGAAGAAGGAGAUCCCACUGUUUUACCUUGUGUUUGGGAGACAACACUUCUUACAAUGUCUACCAUAAAGGAGUGGUGGACUUUUAUAAAUAUUGAUAAAUUAUUUCUUCCUAAAUUAUGGAAAAUACUCAAGCAAGGGGGGAGGGGCAAUGCUACUGUUAUAUAUCCAAGCUUGCUUCCAAUGAUAUCACAUCUACCACCUUCGGUUGAUGAGAAUCUAUCACUCUUUUAUGAUUCAUUUUUUGGAAAUCUCUGCUCAGGGUUCAAACAGAAAUCUGCGUUAGCCAGCAAGUCAGAAUCGGCGGCAAUAGCUAAUGCAUUGAUUGAGUGUCUUCAAUAUGUCAUUUUGAAGAAACAGGACAACUCUGUUUUUUGUAAAAAUUUGAUCAAAACUCAACUGUUAACCCACAUUGAAUGGUGUUUAUUAGAGGAUCAGACAAGUUAUAAAACGAUUUUCAAUCAAGUAGCAUCAUUACUGCAGAAUUGGAGUCGAAAUUCUGGUUCCGAAGCACUCAAUUCGUACCUCCAGUUUUUCUUUGAAAAUCUUCGAGAUCUCUUCAAAGAUAUACUUUUCAAUCUAAAAGAAUGUCCAAAUUAUGAUGCCGAAGUAAUUUCCAACAAACAGGUGGAGUUUUUGCAGUCUCUAAAACAUUUUAGCAAGCCAAAAAAACAUUUCAAAGUUACUUUCUGCAGUGACGACACCGGCGGUACAGAAUUUGCAAGCAAUCAUCAACCUUCGAUUGUUGAGUCAGACAAACACUACUUUCAACAAUUGAACCAGUUGGUUUACAGAAUUUGUGAAGAUUAUGUUGAAUAUAUUGAAGAGAAACAAUGUAAAAUGCUCUUUCAACAUCUGUAUUCUCUCAUAGUGGACUUUGAUGCUCAAAAUUUCUUCUUGAAUCUCAGUGAAAAAAAGAAGAAAAAAGAUCUAGGUUUUGAGAUGAUAGAUAUCUAUAAUAACUUGCUGAUCAAAUGGUUACAGUCGAAAAACUUAUCUAGCAAACAUGUAGUGAGCUUGAUAUUUUUGCUGAUGAAAUAUGUCAGCAGCAAUGAAAAGAAGAUGAUGUUGACCACACUGUCAGAGGUGGUCAAUGAAGAAUGUUUGACCUGGUGUAUCUCUGAAGCACUUGCUUACCCACAUAACGAAGAUCCCUUAGUAAUUUCCUGGUUCAGAAAUGAAAAAGUACGUGAUUUUAUAGUGUCGAUUGUUGACAAAGAAAUUAGAGAUGAAUGUUCUCCUGAACUGAGUGUCAUAUUGAAGUUGGCUUUGACAGAGAACGAAAAAGGAGAAUUGUUUAUCGAAGAAGAAGCUGUUUCACAAAUCAUAAGUAAACUUGUUGCUGUCAUUGACAAUUAUACUACUUACCCAAUAACGGCGGACACUUGUGUAAGUCUUGCUGCGUACAUUUCAGCAAUUGUUUACACAGAGAACCUACUUCUCACUUACACCGAUACAUUACUACUGGCUCUCUUUCGACUUUCCUGCACUUUUGCCAUUGAUAAUGAGAUCAUUUCUACCGAAACUAUGUACGAGGUGAAUAGUGCUUGGCAAGAUGCUACCUCAUUGCUAGUAAAAAUCCUCAACCAUCAAGAUAGCAUCGAUCUCACCUCAGACCUUGCAGACAUAAUUGAAAAGAAAUUUUUGGCUGAUAGUCCAGAAAGUAGCCAUCUGGAUCAUCUUGUGAGUGUUAUUGUUAACACCUUGAGAGCUAUUUACCGAAGCGCUCCGCUUUCAUUGUCAGAUUUCAUGAUGGUUUUCUUAGACAGAAAUUUUUUGGAUCCCUGGAAAUCUUGGGUUAAUAACAUCUGUAAGAUGGCAGAGUAUGUAUGUGGAAAAUUAAGUAGUCCUUAUGAGCAAAUUAUUUGUGAUCCAUCUGAUGAAAUUCAAGAAAUGAACGUAGCCAAAUAUUUUGCUUGGAUGUAUUUAAAAUCUGAAGUAAGUGCUUCAACUCUGGAAGAAGUCAUCGAUGAAUACGAAGAUGAGGAUGAAAAUGAGGAAUGCCAGAUGGGGAAGGCCAUUGUUCUCAAUGUAAUCGAUAAGAAUGCAGAGUACGUGGCUCAAAUUUUACAUGAUUUGAGUGUCAGUCAGUCGUAUUUAGAUAUUUUCAAAAAUACUAAAUGUCAUGACCUGGUUUCACGUUACUAUGUACAGACUGAGACCAAGCUUAAGUGGAUAGUUGAACGCAUGGAUGAUACUUUCAAGUUGGAAUUGAAAAAAAUUCUUAGAGACAGAGCUAUGAGCCUCGCUUGGUUUUGGUGCAGAGCAGUUUAUAUCAUGUACACAAAAAUAUUUGAACAACCCUUAAAUGAUAUCUAUGCUGACUGUGUACAGAUCGUAACUGAAACAAAAAAUUUGGGGGUCCUUCAUUUGACUCAAAUCUUCAGUCAUCAUUUGAAUUAUGACUACAUUCAGAAUAACUUCGAUGUUGUAGGUGACGUCAUCGUGUUGAACAGUCUCUUGCAUUGCGAUGAAAUUGAUGUGCAGGUAGCCGAAGUUGUUUUGAAAAUCGAGAGGAUUAGGGCAGAUAAUGUUCCCCAGUUUUUAUGUGAUAACUACUCAAAGGACAACAUCAGUUGGGAGAAGUCUCAGCAGAUUCUAGAAAUUAUAAGACUGUGUUCGUCUUUGAUGAAACUCAAAUUCAGCAGUCUCCGACAAAGGGAUUGGGACUUUUCAGUUUUGUCCCUUGUUUCAUGGGCCUCAAAUUGUCUUAAAGCAAGAGCUGUUCACGGAAAGCAUGAGUUCCAGGCACUUUUAGUUGCAGUGGUAAAAUUGUAUGUUAACAUAGACAGUCAGGUGAAAAAAAUGAAGGAGCAGUCAAUAAGGAUCAGCUACAUUGAUGAAUGGGAGGAUGUUUUAGUUGAAAGUGUACAUGGUGAUUUAGCACAGAUUUGGUUAUAUCUAGCAGAACAACUGGAGCAAAAACAAGAUACAAUCAUCUACCUCCCUCUCAUCCAAGAAUUCGGUAAAUUACUGAAUGCUAUAAACUGUGAUUUCUUAUUCAAAAUAAAUGACACAUCUUUACCCAAAUGGACGAAAUUUUUGAAACGAAGCUGUAGCCUGCUCGUCAACCGACAACCUAAUUUGCAGGUGUGGGGUUACAGAAUGCUACUUAUUUUGGUACCUGGGUUAAUUAAAAUUGACACAGAAGCUGUCAAUAUGAACACUCCCCACAAAAAAGGACUUAUUUUUGAACAGUUCAAGGAAAAAUUGGCUGAAACCCACGAAAUCGUAAAUAGUAUGCUCAUGGGAUUCAAGUUAGGAGAAGACAGCUGUAGAGUUGAACCAUCCACUGAUUCAUUUACCUAUACUUUUGGAUAUCUGUUGAUCUGGGAUGUUUUGUUAUCCUUAUGCAACCAAUCUUCAACAGAACUGCGGUUUCAGUAUGCUGAUUGGUUGAGGAAUGAAGAUUUGUUUCAAAAUCUCCUGAAUAAUCUCUUCCAUUUGAUGCCUACAGAGAUUUUGCACUAUAAUGAGAGAAAAGCGAAACCUUUGAUAGAGUCGUUUUUUAAAAAACCACACAUGGGAAUGAAUGAUACUUUUGGUAGUGAGAAAAUUGAACACCUCGUAUGCUGGUUGUACUCCUCCACUUUGGUUCAACUUCCAGCCCUAGUGCGUCAGUGGUGGACCAGUUUGGAUAGCAAAUUGGCCCAAGUAGUUGAAAAAGUGACUCAGAUAUAUGUUUCUCCACAUUUAGUUGCACAAGAAUUCAACGACUUGAUAACACAUCAGAGCAAAUUUAAGAAUAUGGUGCUGAAAGUGAUGCCAGGUGCUAGAGAGGUGAUUGCCAUCUAUACAGUUGACGAAGCCCAAGUGGAACUGCUCAUUGUAUUACCACCGAACUAUCCUUUAGGUGGUCUGGAUGUUCAAUGCAAUAAACAGAUUGCUGGUACGGGUCAUAAACAAUGGCUUCUCCAGUUGAAAAAAUGUGUGGUACAUCAAAAUGGUAGAAUAUGGGAUGGCUUAUCUUUGUGGAAUAACAACUUGGACAGAAAAUUCGAUGGUGUGGAGGAAUGCUAUAUCUGCUUUUCUGUUUUGCAUCCGGGAACUUACCAAUUGCCUAAAUUAUCAUGUCAAACUUGCAAGAAAAAGUUCCAUUCAGCUUGUUUGUACAAAUGGUUCAGAACCAGUUACAAAAGUUCGUGUCCUAUUUGCAGAAACUUAUUUUAAGUUAUAAUUUAUUUAUGUUAUUCAUUUAUGUACAUACAUAUUUUGUAUAAUAUCAGUUUACAAAUAUAUUUAUAUAUUCU